AUGUCCACCGAGCCGGCCAUACGGACGGCUCAGGACGAUUUCGAGUCGCGCACUAUCGAUCAAACUCCCCGCGAACCUCGCCCGAGACGGUCGCGUCGCAAGAAGGACGAGGGACAGGACGCUGGGCGAAAGGACACCCCCAAACCCACCAAGUCAAAAACUAAAGAAAAGGAGAAAGAAAAAGAACCAGAGACGGGCAGGCAGAACGACAAGGAAUUAGACAAAGAAAAUCAUCAGGAUAAGGAGAGCAGGGAUAAAGACCAGGAUCCGAAAGAGUCGAAACGCGGCAGUCGUCGCCAGAGGGACAAGUCGUCAUCCACGUCGGUCAAUCCGUCCAAUUCCUCUUCUACUCACGCUCGAAAGAAGCCCAAGUUAGAAGCAACGCCUCCGGAUCAAAGUCCUAGUGUAUCGGCGGCUUCUGCAGUUGCAGCUGUUGCCAUUCCAGCGACGACUACUGUGACGACCGCUACUCCUGCCCCUGCUCCUAGCGCCGCCCCAGCUGCAGCUGCAGCUCCAGCUCCAGCUCCAGUCCAAGUUCCAAAUACCCCCGCUGCUAGCCCUCCAGCAUCGUCAGGCUCUAUUCACCUUCUCCAAUCUCACCUGCACCAGCAACAUCGUUCUCCAUUGCACCCGUCCCCCUCACUGCCACCCUCGUCUCAUCCCACGCCGCCGCCCGCGGCCCUUGGUCACCAGUCAUCUUACCCGACGAUGGCACCCGCAGGACCGCCGCGGCCGCAAUCCCAGCCACCACCUCCCCCACCGACUAGGACCAGUGGUCAAAAUUUCGACCCCAUUCGGUCCGCCUUCGAUACAGCUUCCCCGGCCCCAAUACCGGGGCCAACAUCGACCUUCAGUCCUCCGGCGCGCCCUCUCUCUCCACGCCCACCAUUCCGCGCGAGCGCUUCACCUGCUAUAGCUA